ACGAUGAAGACCCGCUUUAUUAAUUCAUCUAAGUAGCUGCAGUAGGUUAGGGAAUUCCAAAUUUUACUGCCGGCUUUAACACUUAACUGUUGGUUUAUUUUGACCAGAGGAUCGUUACAAUUAGCUGCUAUAUACGCGUAUUUCAUUAAAUUCAUGUGUUUUAAUUUGUGAGCAAAUUUUAAUGAACGAUUUUUUUCCCGUUUCGAUUUCUCAGUAGCUUAUGGAGUGUGGCUGUGUAAUUAAUUAUUUUCGUGAUCAUUUAUUCGGUAUAUUAUUCAAUAUGAGAACGUUUAUUUUGUUGUUCGUUUGUUCGGUCAUCAUCUCCGUGAAUUUUGGAACCUGUGUAGAUGAAAAAGAAUGGGAUUCGUUCAAGAAGGAAUAUAACAAACUUUAUGCCAAUACUGUGAUCGAAGUACUGCGUAAAAACAUAUUUAAUAUUAACGCCGAAAUGAUAAAAAAACACAAUGAAAAAUUUAAUAAAGGCGAAGUUACAUUUAAAAUGGGGAUGAACGAGUUUGGUGAUUUGAAUCAUAAUGAAUUUUUGCAACGAUUCAGUAUUAAAGAAAGUCAUUUCAAUGGAACGAUGAGGAGGGCAAAAAAUAUUGCAGAUGGUUUUAAAGUUGAGGAUCCGUCAAUAUGUCAAUGUAAUUUUUCCGAAGUGAUGAGUACUGUGCACAAUCAGAAGGAUUGUAGAAUCGGAUGGGCAUAUAGCAUGACCGAUGCUAUUGCUGGCAGAUACUAUAUGCAUAAAAAACGCCAAAAAACGUGUCCUCCUUUGAGCGUACAAUAUCUCGUAGGCUGUUCUAUGAGCAUGGGUAAUUAUGGUUGUGAAAGCGGCGAGGCUAAAAACGCGUGUGACUUGAUAAAAUUGAAUCGAAGGAUGCCUGAGAAAAGUUCCUACACGAAUGAUAAUUGUUCAAUGUCUGCGAUGAAAAACACUGUUUUUCUCAACAUCACUCGCUGUCAGAUAGAGACACUGGAUGAGAACGUAUCUAAGCUGGUGACGAAUCUUCGUAAAAAUGGUCCUAUGUCUGCCUCUAUCAGUGCAGAACAUCCUAGUUUUCAGUUUGCCAAAGAAGGUAUUUAUUACGAAGACGAUUGCGACAAGACACCAAAUCAUGAAGUUUUGUUGGUUGGUUAUAAUGGAACUGACCAAAAAAAUGCUUAUUGGAUAGUGAAAAAUUCCUUCGGAACUUCGUGGGGUGAGAAUGGUUUUCUUAAAAUUUCUACUAAGGCAGCUAAAAAUAAUUGUAGAGCUGUAAGCAAAGUGGUUUAUCCAGUAUUUUCGAAUUUUCAAACCUGAAUAUUUUUUUUUGUUUCUUCUUUCGUAAAACGUAUUUUUGUUUUUGUUAUUUUAUUAUUGUUUUUUUUUAUGUUUCUUUUAAUUUCUAUUUUCUUUGACUGUCACCUUAUAUUUUGAACUAUUUUAAUGAUAUUUCAUUUCACUUCUUUGCCUCGUAGAUGAAAUGAAAAAUAAGUCUAUUUUUAAGUGUUCUCUUUUAACAUAGAAUACUUACUUGAGUAUUUGUUUUUCUUAAAGUACAUUUUUCUUAGUUUUGUUAACUAAGUGGUGUUAAUUGUCCUUUAGUUAUUAGGUAUAAUUUUUUACAAUUUUGUGUUUUGUAUUAUCGAUGUAUUCUUAGUUUAAUUUAAUCUAAUGAGACUUGCACUUGACCAGUUUUUAAUUAAGUACCUGAUGUUUCUAAACUACCUACCUACAACCACAACGUAGAUAAUUUUACAAUCUACUCAAAAAAAUCAGAAAAAAUUUGAUAUUUCUUUUUACUUACUUACCUAAAUACAAUUUUAAUCAUUCGUGGGGAAAAUAAAAUCUAUCAAAGGGCUAUGCUGAAAUAAGAUUCUAAGUGCGAGAAUUUUGUAUUUUUAUUAUGAAAUACUGGCUCAUAUUCUGGUUAAAAUUUAAAAAAAAAUCAAAUUUGAGUUCCUGCUUUUUUUGUGCAAUUGAGUAGGUAUACUCGGGUGCUUUCAAAAAAGGGCAGAUAAUUUACUUUGAUAGCGAAUGAUUGAUUGGUUGCUCGGGAUUUUUAUUGUACUCUCUUUGUCUGCCUUUUUGAUUUUAUUAUCGUUUAAAUGUGUAUUCCUAUCCUACCUCAAUAUAUUGUAUUAUGUACCUCUUAUGAUCUCUGUCUACGUACCUGUUUAUUUGCUCAUAUUUUCUUCUUUUUUUAUUACUAUUAUUUAAGUGUGUAUAUAUUUUGUGUCAGAGUGUUGAAAGAGACCUCAUUUGACCUUCGAGUUUGGGGGGGGCGGUUCGGAUUUAUUUAAAUUUAUGCAUAUUAUACAGUUUAAAAACAUGUAAUGUAUGUACGAGUACGAGAAAUAAAAGUCUGUUUAUCUA